AUGAGAUGCUUUAGAAAACUGCUUGGCAUCUCAUACAGAGACCACAUCACCAACGAUGCAGUCAGAAACGACAAGUUAAAGUGGUUUGGGCAUGUAUCAAGAUCGGCAUGGCUUGCCAAGACAAUUUUGCAAGGAACAGUGCAUGGAGGGAGAAGAAGGGACCGACAAAAGGUUGAAGUUUUGCAACACCGUAAGAAAAUCUGAAAACAAAAUCAAAUAACAUUCAAUUUUAGUUAUCUAAUUUUGUAAUUUUAGAUGCUAGAUAUUUUAUAUUUUUACAUUUCUAUGUACAUAUUUCUUUCUUUCUUUCUUAAUAUUGAUUUGUGGAAAACCUGCAACAUAGCUUUAGCUAAGUGUUUCUCCCACGUUAAAUAAAGAUUAUGUUAUGUUAUGUAAAUGGUGGGACCGGAAAGCCGAAAUCCAUCUAGAAGAAGGGAGACUCCGAAAUGGUGUAGCAAUUGUGCUAGAACAAAAACAUCUUUAUUGGUAUCUGGACUGA